GAAUCAACAUGGCGACCGACAUGACAGCUACAGCACCGGAGGCGGUACAAUGUCCCGUUUGUUUUAAAGACUUCAAGCCUGCCACGAUUAACGGACACCUCGACGUGUGUCUGCUGAAAAGCGUCACCGACAGCAGCCCGUCGACGACACACGAGAGCGAACCUCCUCCGAAGAAGUCUCGCAUUAGUGCGGAGGCUGAACCACCGAGCCCCGGUGUCAGCUCCUCCUCUGUGGCUGCUUCACCGUCAUCCUCGAUGUUUUCUCUGUUUCAGACCAACAAGAGUAAGGCUCCAGUUCAAACUGAGCGGAAUGGGUCAUUAUUUAGUAAAAGCUCUGCUGUCAACAAGGGAGUUAAACGUAAUUUGCUGCGCGAGGCAGAACCAGGACCAGCUGGUGCAGAGCAUCUGAAGAGCCAACCCUCUGAGUUCAAAGGUCAGGAUUUGAAGUCAACAAAUGAUUCAUCACCACGUACAUUGCUAACGACUAACAAGCCUCUGGCGGAGGCACUGAGACCAAACACACUGGAGGAAUACUUUGGUCAGAAUAAAGUUGUGGGCCAGCAAACACUCCUCCGGUCUCUUCUGGACUCCCAGGAAGUACCAUCUCUGAUCCUGUGGGGACCGCCGGGAUGCGGAAAGACCACUCUGGCUCACAUUAUUGCCAGCGCCUGUAAAAAGAAGGGAACGGCUCGCUUUGUGACACUUUCUGCCACCAGCGCACAAAUCGCUGACGUCCGAGAGGUCAUCAAGCAGGCACAGAAUGAGCUGCGACUGUGCAAGAGGAAGACCAUCUUGUUCAUCGAUGAAAUUCACCGCUUCAACAAAUCCCAGCAGGACACAUUCCUUCCUCACGUGGAGUGCGGGACGGUGACUCUGAUCGGGGCGACCACAGAGAAUCCGUCCUUCCAGGUGAAUUCUGCCCUGCUGAGCAGAUGCAGGGUGCUGGUUCUGGAGAAGCUCUCUGUGGAGGCGAUGGGCUCGAUCCUGGACAGGGCCUUGGCCACACUUCAGAUCAGAGUCCUGGGACAAGAUCUGGCAAAUUCUAAAGAUGGAAACCAGUCAGAUGGAUAUGAGCCAAAGAUUUUCAUUGAACAAAAAGCUCUGGACACCAUCGCCUACCUUUGUGAUGGUGACGCGAGAGUGGGACUCAACAGUCUACAGCUGGCUGUUCAGGCCCAGCUGAGUUUGGCGCAGCCAUCAGGACAAGAUGGUUCUCAGGAAAUACUGGUGAAGGAGGAGCAUAUCAAGGAAGGUCUUCAGAGGUCCCAUAUUCUCUAUGAUAAAGCCGGUGAAGAGCAUUUCAACUGUAUCUCAGCGCUCCAUAAGUCUAUGAGAGGCUCCGAUGAGAAUGCGUCUCUCUACUGGCUGGGCCGCAUGCUGGAGGGCGGUGAGGAUCCUCUCUAUGUGGCUCGCAGAAUGGUUCGCUUUGCCAGCGAGGAUGUUGGAAUGGCAGACCCGUCCGCUCUUCCUCAGGCUGUGUCAGCCUUCCAAGCCUGUCACUUCAUCGGGAUGCCUGAAUGUGAGGUGAUCUUGGCUCAGUGUGCAAUCUAUCUGGCACGAGCACCCAAAUCUGUGGAUGUCUACAAAGCCUAUGCUAAUGUCAAAGUCUGUUUGAGGAGCCACAAAGGCCCUCUGCCUCCCGUCCCCCUGCACCUCCGCAACGCCCCCACCAGGCUGAUGAAACAACUAGGCUACGCUAAGGGCUACAAAUACAACCCAGCUUUCAGUGGCACUGUAGAGCAGGAGUACUUACCUGACGAGCUGCAGGGGAUCAACUUCUUCACCUGGAUGCCCUCUGACCCGUGAGGAUCUGAUGC